UUGUAUUUAAAGAGCAAAUUGAAAUUUUAAAAGGCAAGUAUCUUGCAACAGUAACAUUUCCUAUAGAAUAUGAAAUAUCUUUUGAAAUUUAUUUAACUUCAAAUUUACAAGUGUGGACUAAUGUAAUUCAUUUUACAAACUCAAAUGACUGUUGCCUUUACGGAUCCAGAGUUCCAAGUGUAUUUGUUAAUCCUAACCAAAACACUGCACUAAUUUGCUCAUCAGUAAACAGAAAUGGUAAUUAUUGUGUUGUUACGGAACCAUUACCAUUGAUGGAAUGGAAUAAGAUAAUGGUAAAGCAGUUCUUGAGUAAUGGUGAUUACUAUUAUUCUGUCUUAAUUAAUGAUGAGACCAUUCAUUCUGUAAAAAACACAAAGGUAAGCUUUUUUGAUAACGUCCAAGUUUUUAUCAGCGAUCCAUGGAAAGUUGCACAACCAGGAUACAUAAGAAACUUGCACGUACCAAUACUUAAAGCCGGCACCUACUCGUUUUACAGAGACUUAAGCGACGAUGCCACCUUGUCAAUGUCGGAUGUCAUUAAAAAGGCUUGGACUCUUAUUAUUGGAGGGAAAAUGCUGAGAAACCAAUUUGAAGAGACUAUAAAAAGCGACUUUUGUGAGGGGACAGUGCAAGUAGUACAACACCAAUUAAGAUAA